AUGGGUGCGAACUCCACUUGUCCAGCUCCAGUCCCUGCUCGCAGGUGCUCAUUGGGAUCUUACGGUAGCCAGUCGGCUCCCAUCCAGUACUCGAAAUCGUCGAAACUGAUCAGCUCGUUGUCGUUGUUCACCUCCAGCUUGCACUGGCGCGACUGGAUUCCAGAAAAGUCCAACGAAACAAUCUCGUCGCGGUCUGGACCGUCCUUGACAAUCAGAAUGAAUUUCCGUGCAGUGUCGCUUGGAACAGUGGCAAUGUCUUCCACCUCUCUUUCGGUGUCGCUAAACUGGAAAUCUUGCCAAGUUCCUCCCUCGUCCAACGAGUAUGAAACCACCUUGGUCAGUCCGGCCUUUACAAGAACAAGAAUCGAGCCCUGGUCGCCAAACUCCCACAUACGCAGACGAGUACGUGUCUCUGCCCGGGUCGUUUCUCUCUGUGAACGAGUGCAAAUGCAAAGAACAUGUUUCCAAAGACUUGCCGUUGCAACCGUACUUGUUGCCCUGAGAAUCAACAGGAGGAGGAACAAGCAACGACCAUUCGGCGCCAUCGUUGUACGUGACCAUGCUCUGGAUUUUCUUGGUCUCACCUUUCUCUUUCACGGACUCGGCGUUGCUCACAGUGUUGAUGAUAGAAAUUCCUUCGAGACUCUGAACACUCUCAAAGUCGACAAACGCAAACUCGUUACGGUUCACGUUUCCCAGCAGCUCCACGUACUCUGUUCCGUUGUAGUUGGACUUGAGCAGCGCGCCAAACUCUCUCUGAGGUGA